AUGAAGUUCACUCUCUUCUCCAUUGCUGCGCUCUGCGCCCCUGCCGUCAUGGGCAUGGCCAUCCGCUCCUCUGAGGAGUCCGAGCACCACCCCACCAUGAUGGCCAAGCACGUCAAGCAGCACUGCAAGGACCUCGAGCCCGAGUGCCAGAAAUUCCUCAUCAACGUGUUCGAGAGCGCGUCCGGCGGCGACGCCGACGCCGCCGAGGCCGGCAACGCCAAGGGCUCGCACUCUUCGCACAAGGAGUUCGCCAACAGCCUGACCGAGGAGCACUCCAAGUGCAUCAAGCCGCUCAUCGACUGCGGAUACAACCUGAAGAAGCUCGGCCUGAACUAA